AAGAGGAGAGGAGAGAGUAGAGACACUCUCGUACAGCUCAUCCUCACUAUACACAUCUCAGUAGCUUGGUGCUCAGCUCAGAAACACGGAAACAAGGUCAGGCUCUUCGUCGCAGAGAAAGAGAGAGAUGAAUCUGCUUGCCGCUGUUCCUUGAUCUUGAUAUCUCUUUGUUGGUCGAUUUUAGUUAAUCUUAGAAUCUUGGCAGAAUAGAGAGGGAAAGAAAGAUGUUGGGUCGGGCUACUUACGCAAGAACAGGAAGUUUUAGGCCUGAAAAUCUAGGCCAAAAUGCAUUGGCCAUGAUUGGAAAUCUCUGCUUCACAAUCUUUGUCCUAGGAGUCCUCAUUUUCACUAUUAUUGCUGCUACAUAUGAGCCUGAGGACCCGCUUUUUCAUCCAUCAACAAAGAUCAACACAUUCCUCACAUCAACCUCAAAUGCCACGUUUAGAUCUGAUGAAACUGUAGUGAAAACUGGGGAGGAUUUCCUGGCCUCAAACCAGACUGCAUUUGCCACUUUUAUCAACAUCACAGAUGUAGAAACCCCAAAGGAUGAUGGCUCUAGUACCCCUGAAUUAACUACAGAGAAUUGUGUUGGUCCUAUAGAUUGUAGGGACCCGGAAGUGUUUCAUUUGAUGAUGAGAAAGACAAUAGAGCAGUUUAAGGACAUACAUUUUUAUAGGUUUGGAAAACCAGUUCCUGCCAAUAAUGGUAGUAGCUGUGACAUGGCUUGGCGAUUUAGGCCCAAAGAAGGGAAGACUGCUGCAUUUUACAAGGACUACAGGCGGUUUGUGAUAACUAGAUCAGAGAAUUGUACACUUAGUGUUGUGGGGAUUGGUGAUUAUCAUACAGGUGUAAAUGCAAGGAAGAGGAAGAAGAAUCAGAAACCUGGGUUUGAAAAGGCACCUAAACAGCAACAACAGGCAGUGCUUUUACCUGUUGUAGGGGAAACUGUGAACGAUUCACUUCCAGUGGUUGAAUCAGAGAAGUCGUUUAGUCGUGGCAAGUACAUUAUUUACAGUGGUGGUGGUGAUAGAUGCAAGAGUAUGAAUCAUUAUUUGUGGAGUUUCUUGUGUGCAUUAGGUGAAGCGCAAUAUCUAAAUCGAACUUUGAUUAUGGAUUUAACUAUUUGUUUGAAUUCGAUGUAUAGUUCUUCAAAUCAAGAUGAGGAAGGGAAGGAUUUCAGGUUUUAUUUUGAUUUUGAGCAUUUAAAGGAGGCAGCAUCAGUGUUGGACCAGGCUCAGUUUUGGGAGGAUUGGGGUAAAUGGCACAGGAAGGAUAAAUUAAGUCUUCAUCUCGUGGAGGAUUUUGGAAUCACACCUAUGAAACUAGCAGAGGUACAAGACACUCUGAUUAUGAGGAAGUUUGGAUCAGUUGAACCGGAUAAUUACUGGUACAGAGUGUGUGAAGGAGAGACAGAGUCCGUUGUUCAACGGCCGUGGCAUUUGAUAUGGAAAUCAAGAAGGUUGAUGGAUAUUGUUUCAGCAAUUGCCUCAAGAUUGAAUUGGGAUUAUGAUGCAGUUCACAUUGAGAGAGGGGAUAAAGCAAAGAACAAGGAGCUCUGGCCUAACCUUGCAGUGGAUACUUCUCCUGAUGCUCUGCUUUCAACUUUGGCCAACAAGAUUGAAGAUGGGAGGAACAUCUACAUUGCAACAAACGAACCCGACACUUCCUUUUUUGACCCUUUGAAGGAUAAAUACACAACCCAUUUUCUUGAUGAGUACAAGGAUCUCUGGGACGAGAACAGUGAAUGGUACUCAGAGACAACCAAACUUAACAAAGGUGUUCCUGUUGAAUUUGAUGGUUAUAUGAGGGUUUCUGUGGAUACAGAAGUGUUCUUGAGAGGGAAAAAGCAGAUUGAAACGUUCAAUGAUCUUACUAACGAUUGCAAAGAUGGUAUAAACACAUGCAAUACUGCUGCCAGUUAAUUCUUAUACAUGAGAUUUAGAUUUGAAGCUUUUCUGUUGUUGCAAUGAAACAUAAGCUCGUGUACUCUUAGCCAUUUGAGAAACUGUUACCAUUAUUUGUUAGUUUUGAUAGCAGUACCAUGAAUUUUGUACUUGUAGAACAAUAUGAACUAGUUCAUCAGUGUUCCAUUACUUUCUUUCUUGAUUCAUUCCAUUAUGUGUAAGCAAAUCGUGUGUUACCUGGUCAGUGAUGAAAUUUGGUUCUCAGCUUUCCUUUUUCCUUCA